GUGAUCGUGGAUCAUCUACUCUGUCCUUCCAGGGAGUGUAAUCGACCGCGGAGUGGCAGGAUCGUGAAUCGGAUGAAGGCUGAAGGAAGCUGUUGAAGCUAAAAUGACUUUCAACCGGUUACUAUCUAGAGCUGCUCUCAUCAGCAGAGUUGGAUCCAGGUCUGCAUUCACAAGCUCCAAGCCUGACACUGCUAACCCCAACUGGAUUAGAGUGGGCCUUGCCUUUGGAACAUCUGCUUUCCUUUGGGGCUUGCUCUUCAAGCAGCACAGCUCAGAUGUAAACGAGUACAAAGUGAGGAAUGGCCUGGAAUAACCCACCACGCUGAUAUGAGAUCGUCAGGUCCCGUCUAUAGGAAGCACCUAUUUGUCCGUUUCUUUCUGUUUCAACUGUUCCUCACUCUGAAUUCUGUGUAAAAUAAAAAAUGUAUCAUGUGAAAUA